GUCAGGUGUUUGCUGGCAUUGCGCUGUCCUGCCUCUUCAUCUCCGUUCAUUGUGUAUCAGUGUUGUUCAUGUCCAAAGAGGCAUCAAAAAAUGGUAGCUUUUUGUCAGGCAUUCUUUUUAGUUUUAGUGGCAACUGUUACUUCCAAAGGCAGAAAGCUGCGGGUUCAGUUCACCAGCCCCAUUCAAUUGAACUGUCAUUUAUACAGAACGACAAUGAAAAAUGGCGCUUUUUACAAGCAGAGUAGAACAAGCUAAAGACUCGCUAUUGGCGAAAGGCUGUUUUUGCCUCAGCCACCCAAGCUUUGCUGCUGUUUUGUAUUUUUUGACUGACCCCAACUCCCUAAAAGCUUCUUCUUGUCAUACUAUAUUAGGACUUGAGUUUUUGCUGAAAUGUAUUUCAUGUCGGAGGAUGCACACUUCCUGCGCCGUCUGCUCGGACGGGUUCUCUUUAAGAGGAUGAGGCAGCUUAGGCGCCAAAGGAGCUUGUAUCUUAUCUCACGCGUACUAUAAUCUAGUCUUUAUCUGAGGAAAUGGUUUCUUGGUCCAAAAAAGAGAUGGUACGUUAAGGCCACACUCCUCUCACUCCACACCUACAGCCAGGCUAUAAAUACCAGCCGGGGCUCUGCAUUCUUCUUUAAAUUCACAAUGUCUGCUGUUCAGCUUUCUCUUUUUCCCUUCAGUGUGGUCAGGCAAGGUGUUAAAGAAUUUCAAUGAGAGCUUGGAUGCAAAAGAAGGAUAGCAUUUAAAAGGGUGGAAACAUUCCAAUGAGGCUAUUGACUUUUCCCUGACGCAGCAGAAGUGAGGAAAGCUCAACUCUCGCACCGUCCUGACCUUUUCAUCUCACUAUCAUCUUUACUUCAAAAUCCAGCAGGCCUUUUCUUCUUGCUGCGUGCAAGGGGUGGUGUUUAAUAGUCACGUUAGGCUCACUGAAUGUUUGGUCACUGCUGAAGUGUACAACUCAUUUGCAUCUCUGCACAGAGCGGAGGCUUUUUGUGUGGGCAGGCUGUGCUGAGAUGCUAUGAUUCCGCGGCAGCGCGAAGUUGGCGAAGGUGCGACUGCAUCUUGCGACAAGCUGCCAGCCUCCUUCGCACGAGUUGCUCAGACAGACGCACGCAUACAUAAGUCAUUCUCAGUCAGAGAUGUGGGACACUGUGCCACCUUCGAGAAAUCCCUUCACAAGUUAUCAGUUCACCAACCAGUUCGAUAUUUCUCUCGAGUUCAGUGGGAAAUUAAAAAGUUAAGCACCGUGUGGGAUAGAGUGGCCUGUCCCAAAUAAUUGGCAGGCGUACUUAGUUUAAAAAAAUGAUAUGGUAGAUGUUUAUCACAAGACACAUCGAUUGCACAGCAGACAUGGCAUCUGUAAAGCUGGUGCUUAAAGUGCUGCAUGAGGAGAAAGAGCUGCUGCAGGCAGCCGCUCAACAUUUCAACACUAACCCGAAAAUAAAGCUGUACUAAAAAAAAAAACAAGCUCUAAAUGAUUUGAAAUUUGCUAACAAGAAGCGAGAUAAACGCCUGGUACUGCAGUAGCAGUGCAAAAUUGGAGGAAUUACACUGUUAUGCUUAGAAAGAAACCUUUUCCACAUGAGUCAAUGAACCAACUGCAAAACAUUGGGUAAGCCUGCAAAAUCUGAUGAGACAAAUACAAGAGCUGCUACAAAAAUUCCAAAUCAUCUCUGUGCCGCUCUGUGCAUGUCAAGUAGCGCACAAAAAUUGUGAGACUUGGUGGACAUCCUGUUCUGAAAAUGCUUUACAUUUUUCGGAACAGUUGAGUUGCCAUAUAUAGGGUUAAGGCAAUAAAACAAUCACAGCUUAUUGUUUUAUGAAAUCCUAUUAAAUUCUCCAGAGCACAGAUUCCACACACACCGUGCCAGCAAAUAUUUCACAGCAGAUUCUUUGUCCGUACAUCUCCAUAUAAACGCUUCAAAUCAAAUCUCUGGGCAGUAAUCGUAAAAUUGACUCACUGGACUAUUUCAGCAUCGGUAAAUGUUGCAACACUAACUUAUGUUAGCAAAAAAAAAAAAAAAAUGCUCUGUCGUCUCCUAUGUAUGCGUGUGUGCCCGCCAAUUGUAUAAUCCAAGUUUUAAUGCAUUGUGGAUAUAACUGAAUUAAACCCCCACCUCCGUGCGCAUGAGUUAAUGUGUAUUGAGCAGACGGCCAGUAAGAUAUAAGCCUCUUAACUGAGCGCUGACUCAGGACACAAGCAGUUUUGCUGCUCUGAAACAGACACACAAGCCGUGAAAAAAAAUGAAAUCAAUAAGUGUGAUGGUGAGAAGCAGCCAGCCUGAAAAUGUUCAUUUCACUUCGCCCACAACUGAACAAUUUGCUAUAAUGGGAGACAGGCGUUGCCAUCAUCCUUCUCUUCACCGGGAGCUUAAAUGUGCCAUUUCUCCUGUGUCACACAUGGUGAAAAUGCUAAAAAAAACAAAAAACAAAUAGCAAUUCUGACAUUCAAUGCAACACAACAUCAUUCUGGUGGUCAAGCAGUUGCUUGUUGGACAGGUUGUUGUUUUUCCAGGUAUGCGGUAGCUGAUUAGCGCUGAUUGGAAAAGCGGAGGCAUCACUGACUAAUCCAAUUUGAAGCCCUCCGGUCUAAUUUAGUGCCCUCGCGGUGGAAACGGCAGCAAAAGUAUCCCGCUGACAAUGAGAGGACGAAUAUUGUGUCUUUUGGCUGUCUUGAUGCUAAUGUAUGCUCAAGGUGAGGAAGAGGAGCAGCUGGAGCAGAUGAUGGAGGCGGCAGGUCUCGGGGAAGAGGAGGAAUCGCUGCAGUGUUUCCGUUGUGACCUGGGCUUCUGGGACGCAUGCUACACCACGGAAACCAACUGCAGCCUCGGGGAACGAUGCUUCACGGGCCGCGGGAAGGCAGUUGACGUCCUGGAUGUAAAGACACUAGGCUGCGUGAAAGCAGAGGAGUGUAAUGUGGAGACCACCGUGGAGCUCGUCUCCAACAACGCCGUCUUUGUCAUGACCAAACACUGUUGCGACACCCCCUUCUGCAACGCUGCAUUUAAGCUUACGGCUGACAAGCUGUCGAGCGUCACUGCAGCCUUCCUGAUGUCCUGGUGCGUCGCAGGGAUCUCGACACACUGAGAAGCCAACGUUUAUUCAUUGUGUGUGUGUGCUGCCAAUAUGGGGGGAAGAUAACAAAUCACCAGUGACACAGGUAUUUGCAUGGACAGUUGCAAAACAAAUAUAAAAACAUACUUUUGGCAGAUA